AAUACCCGUUUUUCGCGUUUCUGCAAGAGUCUCUCUUUUUCUUCUUCAUAUUUGUAGCUGCUAGUGUCACUGCUAGUGGUUACGCAAAAAAAAUUCUUCUUUUUUCGAGUUUGGGUUCUUGGGUCUGAUUUUUUUUCUUGAAUCGAAUUGAUUCUUGGGUUUUGAUUUUUUGUUUCUGGGCGUGAUUUGUUUUUGCAAUAUUAAUAACCGAAUUAAACUUUAAAGAAAACGAAAAACAAUAACAAGAUGGUUAUUUCUUCUGAUGAUAAUAAGGCCAAUGCAGUCGUGCCCAGAAAUUGUCAAGGUGGUGGAAGAAAUGCUGGGCAGAAUAGGAGAACUUUGAGUGUGAUUAAUCAGAAUCUUGUGCAGGGUCGACCUUACCCUUGUGUUGUUAACAAGAGGGCGUUGGUUUCUGAUAAACAUGAGAUUUGUGAAAAGAAACAGGCUGAUCUGGGACAUCGACCCAUCACAAGAAGGUUUGCUGCAAAAAUUGCUGGUUCACAGCAGCAAUCUCAUGCUGAGAAACCUAAGAAUUCAAAUCCAUUGAAUUCGAAACCCAAUGUGUUUGGAAAAGCCAUUGCUGUUGAUGAUGAACACAAGACACCGGGGGAUCAACAACCCGAGCCUAUGACUUUAGAGCAAACUGAACCAAUGCAUAGUGAUCCAGAUGAGAUGGAAGAGGUUGAGAUGGAGGAUAUUGAUGGAGAGGGGGUUUUGGACAUUGAUGGCUCUGAUGCAAAUAAUGCUCUUGCUGUUGUGGAAUAUAUCGAAGAUCUUCACUCUUACUACCGAAAAGUUGAGUGCAUUGGCUGUGUUUCUCCGAACUAUAUGGAAGACCAAGUUGACCUUAAUGAUAGGAUGAGGGCUAUACUAGUUGACUGGCUUAUUGAGGUUCAUGACAAAUUUGACCUCAUGCAAGAGACAUUGUUUCUUACAAUUAAUCUCAUAGACAGAUUCUUGGCAAAGCAAAAUAUCAUAAGAAAGAAACUUCAGCUGGUUGGUCUUGUUGCCAUGCUUUUGGCAUGCAAAUACGAGGAAGUCUCGGUUCCUGUCGUCUCGGAUCUAAUCCAUAUCUCUGACAAAGCUUAUUCAAGGAAGGAACUUCUCCAAAUGGAGAAGUUGAUGCUCAACACCUUGCAGUAUAACAUGUCUCUACCAACAGCAUAUGUUUUCAUGAGACGAUUUCUCAAGGCUGCUCAAGCUAACAAAAAGCUUGAGAUGGUAGCUUUUUUCUUGGUAGAGCUGUCUCUGGUGGAUUAUGGGAUGCUGAAGUUUCCACCAUCCUUGGUGGCUGCUGCUGCAGUCUACACAGCGCAAUGCACUGUCAGCGGUUUCAAACACUGGAACAAAACUUGCGAAUGGCACACCAACUACUCGGAAGAUCAGCUAUCAGAGUGCGCUAAGAUGAUGGUUGGAUUACACCAGAAAGCUGGAACGGGAAAGCUUACAGGAGCGCAUAGGAAGUAUUGCUCGGCGAAGUUCAGCUUCACCGCAAAAUGCGAACCAGCGUGUUUUCUUCUGGAGAAUUGCGAGUCGUAGCCGUAGGAGGGAGUCUCGACAAAGAUACCUUAUGUUUGUUGAGAUUUUGGGGGGUUAAGAAUGGAGCAUAUAGAGUGCAACUUUGGUUGCUCUCUGAUGCUAAGUUACUUCACUUAUUUUUUGGUUAUUUUGUUAUCUUUUUUAUGUUCAAUGAUUGAACAUCAUAAUAAUUCAGAACUUGUGUAUUUUUCUCUUGAACAAAAUAAUGGGAUAUAGCAACAAUUGCUAUAUUGUCUA